GGCAGACCUGAUACUCUACUAAACUUGAUGUGUACUGCCUAAGUAGACACGGGAUCCUGCUGUUGUUUUUUCCUCCAGCGGGAGAUUUUCUGCAGAUCUAGGAAAAGAGUAGAUAGAUACGGGGCGUGCUUGCUCGAUUCAGUUGUGUUGUGCCUCCUGAGAUAUGGCGUAACUCUUCGCGAGAGUAGGACCUUGCUGUCAGCAGUAUUGGAUGCGCUUUCUAAGCGUUGGAGACUUUUUUUGCAGAUGAGUUUCAGUGUAUUUAUGAGGUGUUUGUUUUUUUACCGGUUCUUGAACUGUUAUAUUGUUUUAUCGUUUGGCUUGAUUUGGAGCUUAUUCCGAAGAGCUUCGAGACGGCCAGGGAGGAGAAACGAAUGAGACCAGGUAGGGGUGCAGUAAACUUCACUCUGGCACUAAGCUGAGCUUUAGGCUCCCUUUUCUCAAUGAAUCCCGAAGAACUGGUCUUCAGAGAAUCUGUAAAUUGCUACGUUCAUAGAAAAUGACGAGCGGAGGGGAAAAGAAAUAGUUCCAUUUCUCUAUUUCAAGCACAUAAAUGAAGAGAACAGAAAAUUCUUGCUUCUUGUCCUUAUCAUACUGAAUUAUCAGGCCGUAUCACGAGAGGUGUUCGCUGUAGAGUGAAGGUAUACCUCACAGGUGCUACGCUGGCAGAAAAAUAAUUUGACAAUCUGCAUUCUGUCCACCUUCUGUGGCAUUUAAUGAGGAGGACCAAUCAUUCAAAUGGGACUUGGUUCAUGUGCAUCGCUGCUCAGGGAAUGCACAAUAGAGAACGGGUUAUGGGAUGAGAGGUUGAUUCUUAAAGCUACAGAAGCAGACGAAUCAUGGCAGUUGAUCCGGCCGAAGCGAUUGAUUGGGAGGUAGUGAAGGUGCAACUUGAGAGCAUAGGUGAUGCCUGGAAACAACCACGAUUUGAUUCGCUACCCCACGUUGUGGAGGUCAUCACAUCUCCAAAUAUUGAAGCGUCAGUGGCGCAAUUGAGAGAGACUAGAGACGCUAUUGAGGAAAUCGUUGAUAGUGUGGUCAGAAUCUAUCACAGUGGCUUUAACAAAGCUAUACACAAUUACUCUCAGAUAUUGCGAUUGUUCAACGAAUCCGCUGAGGGAUUAGAGGGCUUGAAAGAAGGAUUGGCAGAGGCUCGGAAUUUGCUAGGAGCUCGCCACAAGCAACUCCAGCGACAAUGGUCCCGUUCAGUUACUCUUCGCCAUGUCAUCAACUUGCUUGAUCAAAUCGACAACGUCGCUCAGGUACCAGCUCGGAUUGUGAAAUUAGUAGCAGAGAAGCGUUACUAUGCAGCUGUGCAACUUCAUCUCCAAUCCAUUAAGAUUCUAGAUCGCGAAGGUAUUCAGUCGGUUGGGGCACUUCAAGAUGUCCGUGCGGAAUUAUCAAAACUUCGAGGAGUAUUGUUUCACGAAGUUGUUGAGGAUUUGCACCUUCAUCUCUACAACAAAGGCGAUUACAGCAUGAAUUUGGCAGUUACACAUGAAAAAGAUGAUGACAUUAGUAGCAUCGUUCCAGCUGUGGUUCCUGCUGUUGGCUCUCUACACCCCGUUUCUAGGCGUACUCGAAGCUUGACUCGUUAUUCAUCCUCAAUUUCAAGUUUGGAUCGGCAUCCAUCAAGUAUAGGCAGCCAGUCCGCGGAAAAUGAAAUUGCAAAUGGAUUGGAGAAUGCAGAUGCUUCAACUAAUGAUAUAAGAGCAUCGAGUAACAGUAGCGACGAUUCUAUGAGAAAGGAGGAAAGAAAUCCAAGUUCUGCCCUUCCUCUGUGGCUCUCCGAAUCAACGCCAAAUGACUUCACGGAGUCUAUUUUGAAACAUAAUGCAUCUUCAGGGGUAAAAUACUUACAGACGAUGGUGGAAUGCCUUGCAAUGCUUGGAAAAAUUCCAGCCGGAAGUUCCAUAAUCAGUCAGAGGAUUCGAUCAACGCUUCAUGAGCUCAUUACGUCUGAAAUAAAAGCACGGGCUGUUGCUAUUGAAGCCUCUAGACCCCGCAUCGAUGAAGUUCAGAAGAUUUUAGAUUCCAGCGUUAUGUGCAAUUAUCUCACAUUAGUGCAAAAGAAAGGGAACGAUGGAAGUUUUUCAAUUGCGAAUACUGAGCCUGUGGCCAAACUCCAAACUGCCGCUCAAGAACUCCUUGAGUCAGUUUUUGCGUUGGUGUUGCAAAUUUUGGAGAAUUAUGUUGUGGUGGGACAAAUGAUGGAAGCGAAAGCUCUGAUGUCGAACGGUCAGCCAACUUGGAGCAACGAUGUGGAGACAAAUCGACCUGAAGGAAAUUACAGCCUAGAGAUUGUCUUGACAGUUAUUCAGAGUGAAGUCUGGCUCCUGAUAUGUGAUAUCUUGCGAGCUACUCCGGAUGCCGCAUCAGCUGAAUCUGCCGCACAAACUGCUCGGCUUGGAAGCAAGGCGGCUCCUGUCAAUUUCAAGAAUUCAUUUGGAGUUCAAAAUAAAGAGGCAGGUUAUGGAGGAUCUGAAGGAGGCCUAUCGUUCGCCUUUCGCUUCUCUGACACUGUUCUAACACCACCUGGUCAAAGCGAGCUUGUUAGCUGUGACAGUCGACAUAGUCGCAAUCGAAAGAGUAUGCCUGCUCUUCAAAAAGGUUAUGGUACUGGUGCAGUCCUCUCAGAGCGAGGAAUCUAUCUAACUUCUGCUAUUUACCGCCCUAUUCUCCAGUUUAUAGACAAGAUGACGUCACUGCUGCCUCCGAAAUACUCUUUCUUGAUAAAUGAUGGGCUUCAGAACUUCAUCGAAAAUUUUGUGGAAAGCCAGUUUCUACCUAUUGUGCAUGUUGACUACCGGACUCGAGUUGCAGAUGCUCUUGCUAGUCCAUCAGCAUUUCGUUUGAAAGCUCAUCCGGGGGCACUUUAUGAAGCUACACUUGAGACGGGCAGACCUGUCUUACAAGGACCAAUGGCCGCAAACCGUCUUGUCACUGAGGUGCUUGGAUGGGCCCAAGCAAUGCCCAAGUAUGCUGGUGAAAUACUGGAACUUGUCCAGACUCUUCUCGACCGUACCCUUGAACGCUGCCGUGCUGUGUAUACCGAGGCGGUCCUAGGCAGCUUGAGUGCCACCGUCAUUGGCCGUCCAGACGUAGAUUAUUUAAUGAAACAAGAGCCUGCAAACCGACUUGUGGAGACAACUUAUCGCAACCAACUAGGAAUAGCUAUGGCGGAGUAUGAUCCAAUGGACAUUAUAGAAGCGUUAAAAGUGGAGAUGGAGCUGAAUAACAUUCUCCUUAGCUUGCGACCAAUCCAAAAGGAGCAACUUAUCAAUGACAACCAUAAACUGAUCCUUCUGGCUGCACUCAGCGACUCACUAGAUUUUGUCUCGGAAUCUGUGCAGCAAUUGGGACAAUACAAGAAUGGGACGUCAUCGCCUUCUCCUUCAUUGACGAGAAGAAACUUGAUACAUCAUCCACAGGUCCGCCAUAGACGGACUAGUAGUGCUGUAACCGCGGGUCUAGGUAUCUUAGCUGAAAAAUACCGGCUGCUUUCCAAUGAAUGCCUCCGUACUUUAAGGGUUGAAAUGCAGCUCGUCUCAACUUUUCAUCUACAGGGUAUGGCAGGGCGACAUUAUCUUAGAGACCAAGAUGCGGAGGAGCCCGAAGACUUCGUUGUAGCUCUCACAUCUCAGAUACAAAGAAUUGACGAGGAAAUGGCCGCAUACAUGCCAACUUUGAAGAGGAUCUACAUCUUUGGAGGUGUAUGUAGUGUGUCUGCAGCAGCUUUCAUCAAGGCUGUGAUGAACAUCGAGGCCAUCAAUAUGUUGGGUGUACGACAGGUCAAUCGGAACUGCAUUGCACUUCAGCAGGCACUUGCAUCCCUAAUAGCUAGCAGCGAAGAGUUUCUGGAAGAGAGAUUGGACCGUGUUCGCACCUAUUAUGAUCUUCUUACCAUACCCUUUGAGGCGCUAAUCGCACUGUUACCUGAGAAUGACGCUAUAUUUAGCUUAUCAGAGUACGCUGCCUUAUUGGAGGUCAAAGUUCCAGGUAGGGCGAUACCAGCAAACGCUGUACAACAGAUCGCCAAGAUACUUGUGCCCAUGCGUUAGCAGUGUGGGAUUAACCUUUCGGUGAAGCUUCGAUUUCGGUUAAGAGGGAUUCGUCGAAGACUGCUUUAAACCCUUUAAAGACAUUACACGAUGAUAUUUGUAAUUAAUGAGAAUUCUAAUGCAACUUCUUGUGUCGUCUCUUUUCUCCUUGCACAUAAAAAAAUUCCCAACAUAA